GAUAAGUAUUUCUGUGAUUCACUGAAAUAAUUUCUAGUUUGGAUACUGCAUAGUUUAAAAUCAGCUGAGCCAUGUAUUUCCCCAGCCAAAAGCCUGCCACAGAAGAGCAUGGAAUUACAACGGUGAUACACAAGUCUUUGUUUUUGUAAACAUACCCUCCUCACCAGGGUAACUAACUCCCAGAGGACUCUGAUACAGGUGGGGAUUUCUCCUUCUCUCCCUGUGCUUCCCUCUUUGGUGCAUCGCAUGGCCGCUGUGCUGUGUUGAGGUCCUGUCUGUGAGGGGAUCAGAACUUCCGUGGAAUGAGAUGGAUCCCACAGAAGAGACAUCCAAGAAAAACAACAUAGAACAUCUAAUUGCUGACAGGCGGGAAGGAAUUGGUGUCUGUGGAUGGAUCCUGGUUUCCAUAUCUUUCCUGUUGGUGUUCAUAACCUUUCCUAUUUCCAUCUGGGCAUGUAUCAAGGUUGUUAGAGAAUAUGAACGUGCUGUUGUAUUUCGGCUGGGACGUAUACUGUCUAAGAAAGCCAAGGGACCAGGUUUGAUUCUCAUACUUCCAUGUACAGAUACGUUUAUCAAGGUUGACCUUAGAACUGUUACGUGUAACAUUCCUCCACAAGAGAUUCUCACAAAAGAUGCUGUUACUACUCAGGUGGACGGGGUGGUGUAUUACAGGAUCCACAGUGCAGUCUGUGCCGUUGCCAAUGUCAACAAUGUACAUUCAGUCACCUUCCUAUUGGCACAGACAACCCUGAGAAAUGUGCUGGGUACACAGACCUUGGCUCAGCUCCUGGCUGGUCGAGAAGAGAUUGCACACAGUAUCCAGGCCAUCCUUGACAGUGCCACGGAGCAGUGGGGAAUCAAAGUGGCUCGUGUGGAGAUCAAAGAUAUCAGGAUUCCGAUGGCCAUGCAGAGGGUGAUGGCAGCUGAAGCAGAGGCUACACGAGAAUCAAGAGCUAAGGUUGUGGCAGCAGAGGGAGAGAUGAAUGCUUCUAAAGUCCUCAAGCAGGCCUCCAUGGUGCUGGCUGAGUCUCCAGCAGGUCUUCAGCUGCGUUACCUGCAAACGUUAACAACUGUGGCAGCAGAGAAUAAUUCCACUAUUGUCUUCCCUCUGCCAAUUAAUUUGCUUGAUGGUUUGGGGCAGAAAAAUAGAGGGGGAUAGAGAUUGAUCUGCAACUGCUUGCGUUGAAAGAUUAAAAGGUUUUCCCAGGAAGCAAAGGGUUCCAGAUUAUCAAAGUAAAGCAAAAUAAAAAAUAAAAAAUAAUUUUUAAUAACCACACAUAGCUCUCCCAAGGGGAGACUGCAUUUGAGCAAAGAAAGUUGCAAGAUUCAGGCACUGAGCAGUUUUAUCUUAGACUCGUCUUGAGAUGAAAAGGAGGAAAUUAUGUAAAAUACAUGUUAGACCUAAUAAGAAAAUUUAUUGAUGCUUUCACUGCAUACUGCACGUGCUUGAGUGUAGCAAUUAUUUGGUAAUUUGUCUGCUAAGCAAGAACCUGUGAGCUCCUGAUGAGCUUACAAAUCUACUCCAUGCAGCAGAAGGGUCAGAUGCUGGUGCAUAAUUCAAGUCCCAGGGAGCAGAAGAAAGGAUUUGACCAUAACCUUAGUAUGCUUAGCAUUACUUCUUAACUAUCAACAGAAUUACUGGAUAAUUGAUACGUCAGUGGAACAGCUUAUUCUUUAUCACAGAAUCACAGAAUGGCCUGGAUUAGAAGAGACCUUAAAGAUCAUCUAGUUUCAAUCCCCCUGCCAUGUGCAGGAUUGCCAACCACUAGAUCAAGUACUAGACCAGCUUGCCAAGGGCCUCAUCUAGCCCAGCACUGAAUAUCUCCAACCUUAGAUAAAUGAAAAUCAGCAGUAGCUUUACUGACCUCAUCUGAAUUUUUGCCAUAUCACUGAUAUUUCUAUAAGCUCUGUAAUAAAGGGACGAGAAUAUAUGUCCAUGUAUCACAAUCACAUUUCUUGAAAGCUGAUGCAAGCCUCUGCAAAACAAAUUGUUCUGUGUUAAUUUAAGUGUCUCAUUUUCAUUGACAAGAGGUUUCUCAUCCCACCUUGCAGAUGUCAUGAAGCGGUGGUGCAGGUUUUCAUAGAAAGAGCCUUCCCCUCCUUCCAUCCAUGCAGUGCCCUGCAGCUGACUGGGGGGCACUCCUGAGUUUAGCCAGCAUUAAUGCUGAGUUUAUAGCCUUCAAAAGCAGCUGAGCUGUUCACGUGGCUGGCACACAACAGGCUAGCUGUAUAUGAAUCUGAAGGCUCUUGCAGUGUAGAUGCUCUAGUGGAUGCUUCUGCUGUGUAGAAUCUGAAAAUACACAAGGCUCAUUGCUGUCCUUUCUAUACAGUAGUGUCAUUUAGCUCCAAAUUCAUGAGAUCAGCACGGGCCUACUAAUUAUAUUGUUGAUACAGGCCCAUCUUGUUUUGGCUGCAGAAUAACGCAAGCAGUCCGGGUGGCAAAUUUUUGUACUCAAUAACGUCUGGCACAAAGGCAGUGGUAUGAGCAUCUGAGGAUGGUGACCUGCUCAGCUUUUCAUUGCACCUCUUUGCUUCAGAGAUGACUGCCAAACGGCAUUUUGUUGGCAAAUCAAAGGUGUAAAACCUACAUUCAAAAGUCAUCUUUAUUAACAUUUGCUGCAGAUGCUUCUAUUUUAAGAAAAGGGAUGUUUUAAAUUUGGAGGUUAUUUUUCAGUGUCAACUUAAUUUGACAUUUGUAGAAGCAUUUAUAACUACAACAGGAGAAACCUCCUGCCUUUGCCUGACAAAUGUUGCAACUCCACUACAGAGCUGUUUGCCUAGCUGCAGAAGCAGCAAUGCUUUAGAGUAAUGCAGCCAUAGACUGCACCCCUUCUUUACAGCAGUGCAAAUUAAUUAAACUAUGGGAAGGAAAAGCUUGAAAGAUAUGUGACUACACAGGACAGUUGGAAAACAGCUCUGUGCCCUCCGUGAGCUACCAGCACUAACUAGUCCGUGCAGAACUCUGGCAUCAGGUACAUCCAGACCAGUUGUCCAUCCCUGAUGCUGAGCCAGUUCCAGUUUAAAAACUGUGUGUGGGAAUCCUGUGAGUACAAGUGGGUUCAUUUGUUUCCCCAUAUAAGCUCUCACAGAAAUAAUGUGCU